AUGUCCGAUCCUCGCCCUACAGGUCCAGUGAGACGACGUUCAUCCUUUGCCUAUGAUCCUGCCCGAGACACUUUCAAAGAGCUUCCAGAUACUAUAGCUGAAGAUGCUAUUGCCGAGGAAGACCCAAUUUCGUCUGCUCGUGUGAUCUCAAGUCCAGCAAACAAAAGAACACCGGAUGAGAGUCGGAAGCGGAGACGAUCAGUUUCGCUCGAAAGAGAAACCAAAGAUGGAUCACAGGAGAAAGACAGUGGCCAGCGGGAUUCUCCAAGCGCAAAGAAACUACGAACGUCGGUUUCGCCUUCACGACAGGAGAAACAAUCACCGAAGCCUUCAACGAACGGAGCUCGUCAGGCCAAACCCAUACCAAAAACACCCGCAGACCUGCCACGAAUACCUCGAAAACCAAGAGAAGAAGGCGAGAUUUCUACUUCGCGUCCGGUUCCAGCAGCGUACAGUCGACGACCCGAGCCAGACGACCGACAUCCAAACGGCAACUUCCAUCGAAGAUCCCAGUCCCCGCGCCAUCGGUCUCCUUGGAACAUCUACCACCGCCGAUCUCCACCUCGAGAACGUCGCAGGUCACCUUCGCCGAUUCGUGACUCCCCGCCUCGUGAAAUCAUUCGUCCAGGUGGUGCCCGAGGCCGGGGUCGUAACGUCCUAGCCGAACAACAACGUCUCGCUGCUGAACGAGAGCAGAAGAACGCAGCCUUACACGCCCAACACCACCGCGGUGUCCAAGAAGUCUCCAAUCAGUUCUACAACGCACGACCCGAGUGGGUGAAAGAGCGGGGACGAGACUGGCGUCGGAAUGAAUCCCAAAUCAAAGGUCUGCGCAGCUACAACAACUGGGUCAAAUCGUGUCUCAUUCACAAAUUCAGCCCCGAGGAAAAGCAGGAGGUAGAAGAGUUGGGAUGGGGUGAGGAAGCGAAGGAACCCGAGGAACAGAAGCCUCUUCUCGUCCUUGAUAUCGGUUGUGGUAAAGGCGGUGAUUUAGGGAAAUGGCAACUCGCUCCUCAAACCGUGGGACUCUACGUUGGUCUCGACCCGGCCGAGACCAGCAUUCAGCAAGCACGUGAACGGCAUCGACAAAUGCGGGCCGGUCGCCGCCCCAUCUUUGACGCUCGUUUCGUGCCACAAGAUUGUUUUGGGGCCUGGAUCGGCGACGUGGGAAUUGUUCGAGAAGUUGGGAUCGAUCCAAAUGCCGGCGAUGGGCAGCCGAGCCGCUGGGGGGGUGGUGGAUUCGACGUGGUAGCAUCUAUGUUCACCAUGCACUAUGCAUUCGAGUCAGAAGAAAAGGCGAAGAUGAUGUUACGCAAUGUCGCCGGGAGUUUGAAGAAAGGAGGCCGAUUCAUCGGAGUCGUACCCAACAGCGAUGUCUGCGCAGAGAAGAUCCGGGCAUGGUUCGCCAGCAGGAAGGGAAAAGAUGCCGCGAAUGGCGCUUCAAUGCCUCCCUCCAACCUGGCAGACCAUGAAGAAGGUGAGGCAAACGAAGAAGAAGGCCCAUCUUGGGGCAACUCACUGUACAAAGUCCGCUUCCCAAUCGACUCUCUCCGUCCGCUACAGCCCGACGGAUCCUUUCGCCCGCCCUUCUCCUGGAAAUACACAUACUGGAUGGCCGAAGCCGUCGAUGUCCCUGAAUUCGUCGUCCCCUGGGAAGCCUUCCGUGCCAUCGCCGAGUCGUACAAUCUCGAGCAACGAUACCGCAAACCGUUCCUGGAUAUUUGGGACGCGGAGCAGGGGAAUCGAGAAUUAAUGUCUGUCGCAGUCCGCAUGGGUGUGACUAAGUACGAGGGCGGAGAUCUCAAUUUGACUCCUGAGGAGAUGGAGGCUGCUGGGUUCUAUCAUGCUUUUUGCUUCGUUAAAGUGUAG